UCCCGGAAGUGAUUGGUUGGCAUUGGCAACGAUUUUUUUAGCUACAUCUUUCGGCGUACUAAGUCUUUGAAUAAAGAAAUAAAGGAAAGAAAUCAACGAAGUUUAGGACUUCGAGUUGUUGCAUCCCUCUAAAUCCACUCACCACAGAGGAGCAAGGAGCGAGUACAGACUGCAAACAGAAUGACCAGCUCAUCUGCUCCCAGGAUGGUGAAUAGUUACAAGAGGACCUCAAGCCCCAGAUCUCCGACUAACAGUGGGGAACUGUUUACUCCAGCACAUGAGGAGAAUGUGCGCUUUAUACAUGAUACCUGGCAGUGUGUGCUCCGAGAUAUCAGAUCAACACAAAAUAGUGAACGCAAUGACCGUGGACCACAGGAGUAUGUGGAGAAAAACCCAAAUCCUAACCUACAUUCUUUCACACCAGUGGACUUGAGUGACCUAAAAAAGCGCAACACACAGGACUCCAAGAAGUCUUAGUUUUUUCUGUCAUGUUCCUGUUACUUUUUUGUUUUUUUUAUUCAUCCAUUAUCCUCAAGAACUUUUCAUUUCUCUGCCCUCUGACAGCCAGAAACUUGACCCUGUCGGCAAGUCUAACACAGAAUACAAAUCUCAUUUGUAUACGAUG